GUUCGUUGUUUACGCCAAGAAAUCGUAGUGAGAUUCUCCAGUGCUUGUGCAGGACCCCUACCGGUGACUUAAGGUAGGCAAGAUGUCUCUGGCUGAUGAACUCUUGGCUGAUUUGGAGGAGAUAGCUGAAGAAGGCAAUAUAGUUGACGAUGAUAAUGAUCAAGAUGAUGAUAUCAUUCAAGAUGUGUCUAUGGAGAUGGAUAGCAGAGAAGCUUCUAUCACAUGUAUUGCCAAGCUUCGUGAUAGCCAGGAGUUGCAGGGCGUUUUGACACAAAUCAAAUAUUACCAAGAAAAUCCAAGAAAAGGAGAAGUAAUGGGACCUGUCGAGGCUAAUCCAGAGUAUCAACUUAUAGUACAGGCAAACAACUUAUCGGUGGAAAUUGACAAUGAAAUCAAUAUCAUCCACAAAUUUGUCAGAGACCACUAUCAGAAGCGCUUCCCUGAGCUGGACUCCCUGGUUCCAAAUUCUUUUGAAUAUCUUGGUACAGUAAAGGAACUUGGAAAUGAUUUAGAGAAAGCCAAGAACAACGAGAAGCUACAGGAAAUCUUGACUAAUGCUGUCAUUAUGAUUGUCAGUGUGUCAGCUUCGACAACACAAGGAACGUCACUCACUCAACAAGAACUGUCAACAGUCUUUGAAGCAUGCGAUAUGGCCUUUGAUUUGAAGCAAGCAAAGACAGACAUCUUCACCUAUGUUGAAUCAAGGAUGUCUUUUAUUGCUCCUAAUCUUUCUAUCAUUGUUGGUGCCUCAACUGCUGCUAAACUUAUGGGUGUUGCUGGUGGUCUAACCAAUCUCUCUAAGAUGCCUUCCUGUAAUGUAUUAGUAUUAGGAGCUCAACGCAAGACUCUCUCAGGGUUCUCUAGUUCUGCUGUCUUGCCUCAUACUGGAUAUAUCUAUUACAGUGACAUUGUUCAAGCAACACCCCAGGACAUGAGGAAACAGGCUGCUCGUCUGGUGUCGGCCAAGUGCACUCUAGCCUCAAGAAUUGAUAGCUUUCAUGAGAGUCCUAUAGGUACGAUGGGAUUAAAUCUCAGAGCAGAGAUUGAAAGAAAACUUGCCAAGAUGCAGGAGCCUCCUCCACCCAAACAAAUCAAAGCUUUACCUGUCCCUCUUGAUCAACCAAGGAAAAAGAGAGGAGGAAGAAGAGUGCGGAAAAUGAAAGACAAGCUUGGCAUGACUGACAUGAGAAAACAAGCGAAUAGAAUGAACUUUGCAGAGAUUGAAGAAGAUGCUUACCAAGAAGACUUGGGAUUCUCUCUGGGACAGGUUGGCAAAAGUGGCACAGGAAGGGUGCGAGCUGCUCAAGUAGACAACAAGACACAGGUCAAAAUAUCCAAGAGUUUACAGAGACAACUACAUCGACAGCAGAUGCAUGGUGGGAGAUCAACGGUUAGAGGACGAGAGACAGCUGGUACUGCAUCUAGUGUUGCCUUCACGCCGUUACAGGGUCUUGAGAUAGUGAAUCCCCAUGCCAAUGAGAUCAAAGCCAAGGAAGCCAAUGAUCGAUACUUCUCAGCAAUGUCAGGGUUUCAGACUGUCAAAGAUAAUGCUGUAGGAAACUGAAACUUUUCUCACACACAUUGUAUCAUAACAAGAUGAAGCAAUGUGAACAUAACUAUGUGCAUCAAUGUUAUGAGGACGUACAAAAGUUGAAGCCAUAAGGAAAACGUGUGGUUCAUUGAAAUGAGGAUCUUGAAAGUGUGAACACAUCUGUAUGCAUCAACAUGAGGAUUUGAGGAAGCUGGAAUCCUGCAAUUUACUGUGAGGAUGUCAAAGGAACCAUGACACAUCUUGACUUGUCAACAACAUGAUGAUCUUGUUAUAUUCAAGCAACUUGACUACAUCUUAAUGCAUAAACAGUAUUUAUAACUCAUGAAUUUAUUUUUUUACAUCAACGAUGUGAAGCUCUUCUUAGAACGUCAAAUCCAUGUAGACACAUCAUAGGUCUCAACAAUUUUGUUGCUGUCAGCAGUAUUGACAUUUCUGUAUGUAUCAAAAUUAUGAGGAACUAGGAAUGUCAAAGUCAUUUGAACACAUCCUUACCAGGGGCCUGUUUCAUAAAACUUGUUAUGAUAACAAAUUUGCAAUAGUAGUUUAAAGCUUUUGAAAUUUGGCCAAUAGUAAACUUGUUAUCAAAAUUUGGCAUUUGUUAUUAAAACAAGUCUUUAUGAAUGAGAUCCUGGUCUUGAUUUUUGUUUUCUUAAGACAAGGGUAUAAUCCUUAAGGACACAUUUCUAUAUUACAGCAGAAAUAAAAAAAUAGUAAAAGC